AUGUCCGUGGGCUUGGUCGCCUUCCUCGCCUCUUGGCUGCCCAGUCUGCCCAGUGGUCCAAGACCGUCCGUCGCAAGCCACAAGCUCGCCAAGAUGGUGCUCGACAGUUAUACCUAUAUCUUCGCUAUCGGCAGCUGCUUCGCCCUGCUCGAAGCCUACAACAAUGGCGCUAACAAUAUGGCGAAUGCGUGGGCUACCAGUGUCUCGUCGCGGUCCGUGACGUACAGACAGGCCAUGGUCCUAUACACCAUCUUCGAGUUAACCGGGGCGCACGCUGUGGGUGCCAGGACGGCGUCGACCAUCAAGAACGGCAUCAUUCCCUGCAGCGCUUUUGGCGAUAACGCGGGCGUCCAGCUGCUUGCCUUCGCCUACUCCUCCGCCGGCGCCACGCUAUAG